AUGCCACCUUCGAACCUCUCCCCCUUGCAAUCCCUUGUCGUACGACGGACUUGCCUAUGCCUGCACCUUCGCCAACAGUCGGCGACGACGAAUCGACGGUUCCUCUCCACCACAGCUUCGAUCCGCAAUGGCGCUCCCGUGGCAGCUUUCGGCUCAUCGGAGCUACUUCGACGCCGCCACAAGGCUGGUAAGGAGUACAUGACUCCGGCCGAAGUAGCCAAAGCCGAGCGUGCAAAGACCCUGCGAAGCAUGAAAUACUCGGCCUUUGGCAUUGCUCUCUGUGCUGUCGCCAUGUUCGGCGCCAUCGUCUUGUACCCAGAUCCGCAAAAGCAGGAGCGCCGAGCCGCUCUCAAUGCUCAAGAGGCUGCAGCCGUUGCUGACAAACUGCUCGUUGAAGAAAAGACAACUCCUAAGAGCAAGGUGGUCCGUCUGGAUGCUCCGCCGUCAAUAGGCGGCUCCAUCUCCGACAAGCUCACGGUCAAUGAGGUCGAUCAAGUCCCAACGGGGACGAGCACUAUUCCUACUAUUCCACGCCUGAUCUACCUUCCCUCGACCCCUGCGCCCUCCAGUCCUGCGUCUGCAAACGAACCCGGCGGAACAGAAUCACAGGUCGAGUAUCAACUGGUUGGGCUGGGGAUCCGCACUGUAUCGAUCCUGAGCAUUCAAGUUUAUGUGGUUGGUCUAUACAUUGCGGUGGCCGACAUUGCCAAGCUACAGGAACGUCUGGUCCACAGUGUCGCCGACCCCGUGGCCACCACUCUGGUGCCGGGCGAGAAAACCAAGCUGCGCGAGCUUCUGCUUGACGCCAAUCGUGGAGAGGAGAUAUGGAAUAGCAUUAUCAAGGAUGGCGGUAUUCGCACCGCGUUCCGAAUCACACCUACACGGAACACAGACUUUAUGCACCUGCGCGACGGGUUUGUGCGUGGGAUUACUGCCCGAAGUGCGAGUUUCUCGUCGAACCCUGCCCUGGUAUCGUCGGAUGCGUCGUCGAAUUUCCAAGAUGAAUCCUUUGGCUUGGCGCUCAACGACUUCAAGGCCGUGUUUGGAGGCACGGCGCGAAGGAAACUCCCGCGUGGCGAGCAGCUGUACCUGAGUCGCGACGCCACAGGCCGUCUAUCGGUGUACAGCGAGGACAAAGAAGGUGGCAGGGUCAAUAUGGGACACGUGGCGGAUGAGCGGGUCAGCAGAUUGUUGUGGUUGGGCUACCUGGCGGGCAAGAAUGUGUCGAGCGAGGAGGCCAGGAAGAGCGUAGUUGAUGGGUGUGUCGAGUUUGUGGAACGGCCAGUUGGGACCGUGGCGACACAGGUCGUCUAA